AUGAGAAUAAAUGUGAAAAAGAAGGAUGCCAUCAGGUUGAAUGAUAAAGAAAUAGAAGACGUUGAAGCAUUUCUCUACCUAGGUGCCACAAUGGACAAGAACGGAGGAACUGAGGCAGAUAUUGGGAGAAGGCUUGGCUUAGCCAGGACAGCCUUUGCAUCCCUUGCCAAGAUAUGGAAGUCAGCACAAUACAGUACAAAGACCAAACUUAAGAUCUUCAACACGAACGUUCUAUCUGUGUUGCUGUAUUGUGCCGAGCUAUGGAGAACAACAGAAAAAGAUGAUGAAAAGCUUGAUACAUUCCACCGAAAAUGCCUUAGGAGGAUCCUUAAAAUACACUGGCCUGAAAAAAUAACAAACCAACAACUAUAUGAAAGAACAAGAGCCAUACCUCUAUCAUGCACCAUCAAAAGGAAAAGAUGGAGAUGGAUAGGCCACAUCCUCCGAAGGGAAGAGAACUCUCACAUUAGAACAGCUCUCACCUGGGCCCCUGAGGGAAAGAGAAGAAGAGGACGGCCAAAGAACACCUGGAGACGCUCUGUUGAGAGAGAAAGGGAAGAACUGGGUUGGAACAGCUGGAAGGAGGGACAAGUUGUUGCCAGUGACCGCCGUAAGUGGCGUUCGUUGUUGAACGGCCUCAUGCGUCCUCCGGGGCACGGAGAGGAUAAGUAA